AUGUUACAGCAGACAUUCGUGGAAUCCUACAUUCCUCCUGCAGAACUGUCAUUUGACGAGACGAUGCUCCCGUCCAGAUCAUCAUAUAACCGAACUCGAAUGUACAUGAAAGAUAAACCACACAAGUGGGGUACGAAGCUGUUCAUGCUGUGCUGUGCGCGCUCUGCUUAUUGUAUUCGCUUUGAAGUGUACUGUGGUCAAAAGCAGCAUAUUGCUGAAUCUGGAGUUGUGGAUAUGAAGUCUGGUCCUGCAGCGGUUGUGAGAAAUCUGAGAGCGGGUUUUGGCUUCUGCAAGGCCGUGGUCACCAAGAUGAAGAAGAGACCCAAAGACAUCCCGCGUGGCGCAGUGACGUUUGCACGGUCCAAGAACGUCAACAACAUGGCUGCAAUUUGCUGGUGGGGUAGUAAGCCUGUACACUUUCUUUCGAUAGGUGGAAAUCUCUCGCUUGAUCGCGUUGAUCGCCGGGAGAAGACAGGGGAGCAAAACGAAAUUUCGUGCUCCAAAGUGAUCAAGGACUAUCAUCGUUUCAUGGGAGGAGUUGAUGUGCACGAUCAACUUCAUCUACAACGAUACUCAGUGCAGCGGCUAUCACCACGCCGGGCUAUCCUUUGUGCUGGACAGGAGCCUAAGCAGCACGGCGGCUUGCGCCAAGCUUCUCUAAAGAUGACUGGGGAGGUGAUGAGCAACAUUGAAGAACCUCUCGACGAGGACUGCCGCAUGACGCUGGAGCAAAUGUAUGACCGCUUGCAAGCCGAGCUGGGCGUUGUUAAGCGCAAGACCUUUGGCUUGGAGCUGAACAAGCACAUCAAGAAAGGUAACACGGUUGUAUUUCAAGAUGAAACUAAUUUUAAUUUGUACCUGUCUCGGAAUGAGGGUUGGGCUCGGAUUGGAGAACGUGCCGUCGUCCAACUGCCGCCUGCCAAAGGUAAGAACCUCCAUAACCAGGGAGGGGUGUCAAGUGGCUCUGGUCUGCUUCUGCUGCAAACCCACGAAGGGUCCGUGAAGAAGGCCGAGAAUGCAAGAUUCAUGGUACACCGCUUCAUCGCUGCUCUUCACUCCGAGGAAUACGCCGAACUUCAACCGGCCAAGGUUGUGAUUGUCACGGACAACACACCGUCCCACAACGACGUCGAGAACCUUGCUCGAGAGUACCUGGCUGCCGACGGGACCAUGAACCUGAACAAGAUCGAGAUUCUGCGUCUGGGGCCCUACAGCCCGAUGAUGAACCCCAUUGAGGGGUGUUGGAACUCCUUGAAGGCCAAGAUGCGGCGCUUCAUGGCAGAACGAAAGCAGGAGUUUCUGGUGCGUGGGGAGUAUGCCUCCUUGAUGGCGCACAGAUUGGCGCUGAUGAAAGAAGCGGUGGAAGCGUGCAAGAGUGUCAUUACGCGCUGA